AUGGAGUCACCUGGGCAUACGUCUGCUCGCCUACAGCAGCCGCGAAAUCGCAUCAACCUCGGCAGCAAGAAGAUCGUGGUCCGCGUCCACAAGGCUAACAACAAGACUCAGCGGACGCCCAGGAAGCCGAAGACUGCACAGGGCUCCAAGAAGAACACAACAGCGCGGAUCCGAGUAGACUUGGUCAAUCCGAACCACCAAAACCCUCCCGAGCUCUGGCUUCCUCCUCCCAUUCACGCGCUCACAGAGAACAACCUCCGUGCGCAUACCCAGCACACCAAUCCCAGCGAGGAGCUCCCUGUAGCUAUUUCCUCGAAUAACGACUCGUCCGAGGCUGUCAAAGCCACCAUUAGGGAUGCCGAAAUACAGCUUGCGCAGUAUGGAUUCGUCAUGGAUUCCUACGAAUCCUACCCCUCAGAGCUGGAGAACUUCAUACGGAACGUUGUGGUGAGACCUAGAAACGGCCCUAGCUCGCCAGCCGCAAAGCUGCUGCACCAGAAGGCGCCAUUAGCUCAGCGUUUGAACGAAUGGGAUGCCAUGGGAUACCUUGCACCGCAUCUCGGCUUCUUGAAUGCAGACGAGCCUGGUGGUGCGCAAUUCAACCACAUGGGUAGUGAGACAGAGUUCAGUCGUAAAUAUGUCAUGCACAGCGUGAUCCCCAACUUCGUGUUGCCUCAGCCAAGGGUCGACAAGGCCAUGGGCUACAUGUCGCGCGGAAUCAUCCAACACGGAAGGGCUCAGAAAUUGCGGCCAGCUUUCACUGAAGAGGAGGAGAUGAAGAUUCUGGGUAACAUGGACGUCCCACCAAUCAACCAAUACAUCCUCUGUCCAUGGUAUUCAAUCGAGUUCAAGUCUUUCGAAGCAUACGCUGGCCUCAAGCAAGGCAAAAUUCAGCUUGGCCGAAACAGUAUAGCUGCUUGCGAAUACACCCAUCGACUGUACGUGCAGGCCGGCGUUAGCUCAGAUGCUGUAGACACCAUGCACUGGGCGCUGGUCUGCGAUACAAAGACCGUUGAGCUCUUCGUGGUCUGGCGUGAGCAGAGUGGCAACGAAUCGCCACGAUAUCACAUGCGACGCGAGUUCACAGGAACGUUGGAGGCCCCAUGGUCAAAUGCCGACGAGAACCCUCUUGUUGUUGAGUUAAGGAACCGCUUGCACAGCAUCUUUGAUUAUGUCAGUAAUGAGCGCCUCACACGCAUCAAGCAGACCGCGACAAGCCUGGAGAAGAAGAGCGAAGGCGAAGUGGACAUCGCGCUGCUGCCCGGGCGCAUCAAUGCACCAGGGAAAGUUAAGCUCGAUCCUCUGCGGAUACGGAACUUCACCUGGGAAGUCGAGUGA